AUGAGAAUACCUGAGUUGUCAUUACCUGUCAUCACCAGUUACUACCAGUCCUUACAGACAAACACCUGCAUCGGCUCCUAUUCCCUGACAUUCCUAAGUUUGUCACCCGAUAUACAUGUUUGGGGUAUAACUAGCGACCGGUUCCGCAUAUUCGCGAUCCCCGUCCAGUCCAAUACUGGCCGUACGGAACUCAGGAAAGUAGCAAACAAUACAAACUUUGUAGACACGGAUUUCAAUGUUCUUGAGUUUAGGACUCAAAGACAACAGAUCCGAGAAAUCAUUAUCUUUGAUAUCAAUGUCAUGUCGGCAUAUAAUCCUCAGAAACUGCAGCGCCGUGUUAAAUGUGUUAAUCGGUGGCAGAGUUUCAACGGUUCCAACAGAUCCUCAUCGAUGGUCCCGAAGAGUGUUAAACCCAAUCGCUUUAAUCUAUGAUAACAUCUCAACGCAAGCAAAGCGUUGCCAUCAAGUGGUGGGUUAUAUCCUCUCAAUUCAAGUCUUAAUCGUUUCAAUUGUUUGCAGUUUAAGCCAAUUGUACGCAAAGACUCAGACAAUAAAUUCUGUUGAAUUAGUGGUGAAAUGAGUUUCAAAUCCCGUAAUUGUGUUAAUCGUGACAAUUGUUUAGCCAUUUGGAGGAACGUCUCGGGAGUGAUAUUAUUCUUGUAAAACACGACAAGACUUUUGAGGGACUGAUUCUGUGCCACAAAUGCAGACAACAGUUGAUUAUCGUCUGAAUUAUAGCCAAACAAUAGUUUCGUUAAAUUUUUUGCCAAUAAUUGUUG